CCGGCAAUGAAGUUUUAUAAACAGUCCUAGCGCAGAAGUAUGUCAAAGCAGUUCCGAUCGGCAAUAGUUCAUCCAACAAAAAGCAAACAGCCAUUGAGUUUUAGGUCAAAAAAAAUAUACAAGUUGCGCUUUGGAGAACGAAUAAAUUUUAAACUUUAAAUUUAAUAAAAAGAAAUGUUAUGUUCCUUUUAGAAGGUUUUUAAAAAGAAAUUCGAAUUUGGAGAACCAUACGUAACAUAGGGGGGGAAAAGAAGGGGUAAAAAACUACCGCAAGCUGUUUUGGCCAAUCAAAAUGCAUGAAAAUAAAAAAGCGGCAACUUUUUCCACACGCUGGUUUGUUUACAUUCUUGGCGUUUACCUGUUGAUCGGAGAAGCGGACGCUGUCCAAAGAGCGGUUGAUUUGAAAGAUCAUAGUUUGUUUGGAAAUCUGACUGCACCAUAUUUAUCAUUUUUAGACGAUUUAUUCUAUUACCUGGAUGGGGGAUCUGAAAAAAUUACAGAGGCUUGUCGAUCGGAUAUGAAAAAAUUGAUUGACUUAGCACUGAUUGGUGAUACAAAUGCUUUGAAAAUUUUUGAUGCAAGUGGGAAAGCUUCAAGUGGAAUUCUUGAAGGAGCUGUUAAUUUCAUUGGAAUUUAUUCAGAAUGUGUCAAAACUACAAUUCAAUCCAAAGAAACACUUAUACACUCAAAAUAUUGCUUGAUCAAUUUGAAUGCUUCAACUUCUUCUCAUCAAAAGGAAGUACCUCAAGCUUCAUGGCUGGUAUUGACCAAGAGUGGACAUCCAGCCACAAUUGGAGUAUGCAUUCCAUAUUCUUGUUCUACACAAGAUGUACAAUAUGCUACAAAUGCUAGUCUGCGUCAAAAUUUUCAAGAUGUUGAUGGCCAUGUAGCAGUAUGCCAUGCUGAUCAAACAGGAAUGUUUAAAGAUGCUGGAGCCAUUAUAACUUUCUGUAUCUUUUUGGUAUUUUUUGUGACUGCCAUCAUUGCCACUAUUUUUGAUUACAUACUUGAAAACAGAAAUAGUCCAGAAACUAUAAAAAUUCUUUCCAAUGAAAACAAUAAAAGUAUUUCAAUGGCUGAAUUAUGUGAAAAUGAAGAUCAGAAACCAAAAGGUCCAUCUCUAGGAUUGCGAUGCCUUCUGGCUUUUUCCUUUAAAACCAACAUGGGAAAAAUUUUCACAGUGGGUAAAGGAGAUGGUAUCAGAGCUAUUCAUGGACUGAAAUUCCUUAGUAUGGCCCUCAUUAUCUUCGGACACACAUUUUCCUUUGCUACAACAAACCUUUUCUUUGUGAAUCCUGGGUUUACGCAAGAAGCACCUAAAGAUUUCCUAACCCAGAUCUUGGCAAAUGGAACAUUUGCAGUGGAUACCUUCUAUUUGAUAAGUGGUGUUUUAGUUGCGUUUGUUACCUUGAAAGGAUUGGAAAAAACAAAUGGAAAAUUACCUCUUCUGUACUUUUAUUUCCAUAGAUAUUUCAGAUUAACACCCCUAUUUAUGGCUGUGAUUAUGUUUUGUGCCUACCUACUUCGGUAUGUGAGCUCUGGGCCAAAUUGGUUGCACUCUAUUGAAAUGUAUGAUUCUUGGUGUAGACAAAAUGGCUGGAUUAAUGCUCUAUAUUUGCACAAUUUCAUCAAAACAGAGAAUAUGUGCUUAAGUCAUACCUGGUAUUUAGCAACUGAUAUGCAAAUGUACUUGGUCACACCUUUGAUAUUAAUACCUUUGUAUAGGAGUGUUAAAUAUGGUUUUAUAUCUAUGGGUGCAUUCCUGUUUACUACUAUUAUUACAACUGCUGUAAUCACUGCUGUUAAUCAUUAUCCUGCAGUUCCCUACAUGAAUAACAUUUUGCCUUUAGAAGUGGUGAACGAGUAUUAUAAAAAUGUUUAUAUAAAAACUUAUUGUAGAAUGGGUCCUUAUAUAAUAGGAAUAGCAAUUGGAUAUUUAUUUUUGCAUAAGAAAGAACUCAUAUUAAAUAAGAAAACAGCAGCUGCUCUGUGGUGUGCCUCCAUAGGGCUUGGAUUAACUAUCAUUUAUCUAAUGUGGCCAGCCAAUCAAGGAAUCCUGCCCUCUGAUGCUGAAGCAGCAGCAUACAGUGCUUUAGCUCGAACUUUGUGGGGUGUAUCCACGGGAUGGAUAAUAAUAGCCUGUUAUUAUGGUUAUGGAGGUAUUGUCAACAGUAUUUUAACUUGGUCUCCGUUUGUACCUUUGAGUCGCUUAACCUACUGUGCCUAUCUCAUACAUCCUGUUAUUAUGAAUGUCUACUAUGGAUCUACUGAAACAGCUGUCAUGUUCACACCUGGUUUCACUAUUUAUACCUUCCUGGGAAACAUAUGCAUUACCUUCGUACUUUCUACAUUCCUGUCGAUGCUAUUUGAAUCUCCUUUUGUGAAUCUAGAGAAAGCAAUUCUGACGAGAGGAAAAGCCUCUUGAUUUGACAAUUUUCCUAAAUCACUUUAUAAACAUUGGAUUACAAAUAUUUACUUAAAUCAAGAACUUACCAUUAAACUCUUAUUUAAAAUAUAUUUUGCAUAAUAAAUUAGAACCAUUUUGUUGCAGCUUUGAUCAAUACAUAAAUAUUACAAUAAAUCCAGAGAAUUGAAUUCAGUAUAUUGUCAAAAAUUGGCAUUGUGAAAUAUGAAAAACUCUCUUCUGAGGGAAUAUGAAUGGUUCCUUUUAAUGCCGGCAUCUAAUCAUUUCUCCAAUCAUUGACAAAAAAACUCAUCUGAUUAUGUUUCAUCAGUGACAAAGGAAAUAAAUAUCUGCUGGUCACAUCAACAAAAGGAUGUAUAUUUCCUGCAGUGAAUUCAUUUUAUGAAGUACUAUUCUCCUACAGAGAAGAAAUAAAAAUGAAAGAAUGUUAUUGUGCAUUAUAUUAUAUUUAACAUUCCAAAAGAUAUUGGCAGAAAUUUUAUGUAAUCGUAUUUCAAAAUAUGUAAAAGCAAGUUCAUUUCAUUCUGUAUUAUAUAUAUUUCUG